CCCGGACUCUCUCCUCCGUUUUCCAUCGGUUCAACUCGGCCCCCUACAACUUACCCACGCUCGCCGGCCACCGCCCAAGUCCAGACCGGAGAAGCUUGAUUGUUGGCUGUUUGAAGAUAUUUAGAUGGUGCCCGACGGAGGCGUGAAGGACCAGGAGGCCUCCACCUCGAGCUCGCCGUCUCCACCGGCUGCCGCGAUAACGAUGGCUGCGCGGCCGCCUAGGCCAGUGAGGUUUAAGAAGAUCGCCAGGUGGCACCCGCUGAAGUACCACCGGUUCCGCGUGUGGGCCACCAAGACGAUGGUCGACGCAUCAUCGUCCGCUUGGGCGGCAAGGGGAGCCGGGGAUGUGACCACGGCGGUGGCGACGGCGCCCAAGGAGAGUGAGCAGGAGGACGGGAAGGAGCACAUAUGCGGCGGCUGGAAGAGUGAGGAUGGAAGCUUGCAUUGCGGAUAUUCUAGCUUCAGAGGGAGAAGAGCAAGUAUGGAAGACUUCUACGACAUGAAAUCAUCUAAAAUAGAUGCUAAACAUAUAAACCUCUUUGGAGUAUUUGAUGGACAUGGUGGUUCAUGUGCCGCUGAGUAUCUCAAGGAGCACUUAUUUGAAAAUCUCUUGAAACAUCCAGCUUUCAUUAGUGAUACAAAAACAGCAAUAAGUGAGAGCUAUACGAAGACUGACUCAGAUUUCUUGGAUGCUGAAACCAAUAUUCAUAGAGAGGACGGGUCAACUGCAUCAACCGCAAUUUUGAUUGGCAACCAUCUUUAUGUGGCAAAUGUUGGUGAUUCACGGGCUGUAAUAUCGAAGGCGGGCAAAGCUAUUGCGCUCUCGGAUGAUCACAAACCAGACAGAAGUGAUGAGCGGGAACGGAUUGAGAAUGCUGGAGGAGUUGUUACAUUUAGUGGAACAUGGAGGGUAGGUGGUGUACUUGCAAUGUCUCGGUCAUUUGGAGAUCGUUUGUUGAAGCGGUUUGUUGUUGCAGAGCCUGAGAUUCAGGAACAAGAAAUAGAUGAUGAAUUGGAGUAUCUGAUUUUGGCUAGUGAUGGCCUGUGGGACGUGGUGUCAAAUGAGUUUUGCAGCACGCCGUUGCAUUUGUGAAUGACGAGAUGGGCCCUGAAGCUGCAGCCCGGAAGUUGACAGAGAUCGCUUUUGCACGUGGGAGCACCGAUAAUAUAACAUGCGAGUCCCGCUUCGGUACAACCCCCCUCGCAAUACAUAUAAAGGGUAUUAUAGGCAUUUCACAAUUUGUAUCUAUCUUUGUAGUAACUUAUACACCGGGGAGUUUAAUUGGGCCGGCCCACUUGCGGUGCCAUGCGGAUGAAAAAUGGCGAAAAACGAUCGCACAAGCUGGGAAUCGAACCCACGACCACUCAAAAGAUUAAGUGCGUCCACAACCACUGCGACAGCAUGCCUUUGGUUGAUAAUGUAAAGCUAGGCUCAUUAAGUAAGUGACCGACUGGGAAUUUUAAUAAGA